AUGACGAUCUUAUGUGGAGCAGGGACAGUUUUCAUGGACGGUACAUUUCGCAUUGUACCCCGGCUUUUCCUACAACUCUAUACCAUCCAUGCAUUCUUCAUGGGUCAAAUGAUCCCGUUCGUGUAUUUCUUGCUCCCGAACAAACAGGAAGCAACAUACCGCCGCAUGUUCUGCCUUCUCAAGGCUCUGGCUGCUUCCUUGGGUUUGUCAUUCAACCCAAGAGUCUUUCAACUCGAUUUCGAGGUAGCGACACUCAAGGCGAUUCGACGAGAGUUUUCCACAGCGGAUCUGAAGGGGUGCAACUUCCAUUUCCAACAGUGUUUAUGGAGGAAGAUUCAAGAACUCGGUUUGAGCCGGCAGUACAGAGAACCCGGAGUGAAAUGCUUUGUGCGAUCCAUUGGUGCUCUCGCCUUGGUGCCAUUGAGCUUGAUGGAUGAGGCUUGGUUGGAGAUCAACGCAGAGGCCCCGAGCACAGACCACCCCGCGUAUUCCAGCCUGGAAAACUUUAAGGAGUACUUCAUUCACACGUGGUUAGAGAACCCCUCGGUGUUUCCCCGCACCCUGUGGAAUCACUACGGGAAAUUCGAGUCCCGUACAACCAACCACGUUGAGGGUUGGCACCAAGCCAUCAAUACCGCGCUCGGGAAAAAGCACGGAAAUAUUUACGAAAUCAUCAGCCUCCUUCAGAGACAACAGCAGAAGUUCGAAGAAGACAUGCUCCAAUUGCGUAUGGGAGGAAAGCCGCCCCGUAAAAGCAAGAAGUUCGAAGAGCUAAACCGAAAACUCCGAGUUUUUGUAGAGCACUUCGAGACCAAUCAGGUUUCGUUGAUUCAGUAUAUUCAUAGCGUCGGGUUCAAUCUUUCUUUUUGA